AUGUCCCACGGCACAGUUCUGGAUGCCCUCUUCGAGCAUCAGGCAGACGCCUUUCGCAAUCUUGUCAACACAAAUCCCGACGAGCCAGCUCGACGUGCCGCCCGGAUUGCAUAUCGCGCUGAGAAUGAAGGGUUCUUUGCGUACGCUAAAGCGUGUUAUCGAUCCGCAGCGAAUAUGGAAGCAAAGGAAGCCAAGAAGCGGGCGACGAAAGAUGCAAAGGCGAAGAAAGUCGCAUACGACAAGGCCUUUCUUGUUGAGAGGGAAAAGAUCAUGUCAUUGACAGAUCUCAAUCGCCACUCGGCCGGAGUGCGGAAGCGUAUGAAUGCCGCCACACACAAAACGCUGGCCGAUGCUGCAGAGUGGGAAGCCAUCACUUCUGCGGAUAUCGCCAGCAAGCGACAAAAGAAAGCGCAGCUGGCGAGUCAACAGCGAGAAGCCUUCCGCAAAAAAGCCAGAGCCGCCAGGUGGCUGAGCGAUCGCAGGGAAGCGAGGCAGGACAUCGAAGACGAKUACCGCUACCAGGAAGGUCUGGCAAACGAAGCGGAUGGCAUGGCAGUCCGCAAGGUGAUUGGGCAGCGCAUCAAGAACGCAGCAAUCGACGCCGAGAAGCUACGUGUAGGGGUCGCAACGCUCCCUCAGGAGUUGUUCGCCCGUAUUCACGACCUUGUCUUCGAACCAGACAGACUGCCUAUCGCCAUGAUGGCUAUUUAUAGGCCACCUUCCGCAAUGCAAGUUGAUCGUCUAUCGCGCGCCGCUUAUCUCAAGGAGUACUACUCACACGGCAUUCACGACGAUAUGCAAAACAUCGAGAACUCUUGGAUCUACCUAGAAAAAUGGGUGGCUGGACUAUCUCGCCAAGCAAUCGUGGUGCUAAAGCCUGACUUAAUCGGUCUUUAUAUCAACGCCGAGCGAGUCAAGAGGGUCAAGUUCCAAUUGAAGAUCACGCGACUCAAGCCCACGGUUCACKAGAAGAGGGGAGAGCUGCGUGUCUCAAGAAUCCGCUGGUAUGGCACUGCGAACGAUUCACACCACGACGCAAAGAUGAGGUUCCAUGGGAUUGGCAUCUAG